AUUCCUUUUUCACCCCCUUUGAUAUCGUAAUCUUCGACGAAAGUUUAGGUUCAAAGUCUGGGUUUCAUAUUAUUCAAUUCAAUCGUUUUCAGUGUCUUUUUCUUAUAAAAAUAUACAAACAUGGCUAGUUCUAAAAUACUACGAGCACUCAAUUUCUUACGAAACCGUAAGGACACAUCGCUUAUAACAGGUGUACAUAGCAGAGGAUAUGCAGCAUCAGCAGCCGGCGAAGGCCACACAAGAUGUAGGAUAGUUGAUGGCGUUUAUGUUAUCACGUUGGACAGUCCAAAUGCCAAGGUAAAUUCUCUAAAUGCUGCUGUGAUGGAAGAAGUAAGUAAAGUAUUAGGAGAAGUUGAAUCUAAUCCAGCCAUUCAAGCUGCUGUAAUAAUAUCAGGAAAACCUGGAUGCUUUAUAGCUGGUGCUGACAUUUCAAUGCUUGAAAAAUGUAAAACAAAAGAUGAAGUUGUGGCACUGUCAAAACGAGGUCAUGAAAUAUUUCGAAGACUGGAAGCAUCUCGCAAACCUUUUGUGGCAGCAAUACAAGGAAGUUGCCUUGGUGGCGGUUUAGAAACCGCUUUAGCUUGUCAUUAUCGCAUAGCUGUCAAAGACAAAAAGACUGGAUUUGGUUUACCUGAAGUAAUGCUGGGACUUUUGCCUGGUGGUGGAGGCACACAGAGAUUACCAGCUCUUACUUCAGUACCCACAACUUUAGACCUGGCACUCACUGGCAAAACUGUGAAAGCUGAUAAAGCUAAGAAAUUAGGAAUAGUAGAUUUGCUUGUGUCUCCUCUUGGACCUGGCAGUGGUCUACCUGAAGAUAACACCUUGAAGUAUUUAGAAACUGUUGCCAUACAAAUUGCGAGAGAUAUUGCUUCCGGAAAAAUUAAAAUAGAUAGGUCAAAGAAAGGUCUAGUUGAAAAAAUAACAGCAAAUGUUAUGAAAUUUGAUUUUGUUAAAAAUUUCAUUUUCAACAAAGCGAAGGAACAAGUUAUGAAGGCUUCCCGCGGUCUUUAUCCAGCACCACUGAAGAUUCUGGAAGUAGUAAGAGUUGGAGUUGACAAAGGUCCAGCUGCAGGUUACGAAGCAGAAGCACAAGGAUUUGGAGAAUUAGCGAUGACACCACAAAGCAAGGGUCUUUUUGGUCUUUUUAGAGGACAGACGGAAUGCAAAAAAAAUAGAUUUGGCAAAUCCCAAGUUGAUGUUAAAACGAUUGGUGUCCUAGGUGCCGGCUUAAUGGGAGCUGGCAUUGUUCAAGUAUCUAUUGAUAAAGGUUACAAUGUAGUCUUAAAAGAUGCAACAAAUGCUGGUCUCUUCAGAGGAGUGGGACAAAUACAAAAUGGGCUAGCUAAUGCUGUCAAGAGGAAAAGAAUCUCUUCGUUAGAAAAAGACAGAUAUUUAUCAAGCCUGCAACCAACAUUAGACUAUAAUAAGUUUAAGAAUGUAGACUGUGUCAUAGAAGCUGUUUUUGAAGAUAUUAACAUUAAACACAAAGUAAUCAAAGAACUAGAGGCUGUUGUUCCAAAACAUUGCGUUAUUGCUACAAAUACGAGUGCUAUUCCUAUAACAAAAAUCGCCGCUGGAAGUAGCAGGCCUGACAAGGUGAUUGGCAUGCAUUACUUUUCUCCUGUGGAUAAAAUGCAGUUAUUGGAAAUCAUUCGCCACCCAGGAACAAGCGACGACACAGCCGCUGCGGCCGUGGCCGUGGGCUUACGUCAAGGCAAAGUAGUAAUUACCGUCGGCGAUGGACCAGGAUUUUAUACUACCCGCAUUCUCUCAACUAUGUUAAGUGAAGCUAUAAGGUUACUGCAAGAAGGUGUAGGUCCCAAGGAACUGGAUAACAUGACCACACAAUUUGGAUUCCCUGUUGGUGCAGCCACAUUAGCAGAUGAAGUGGGUAUUGAUGUCGGCGCUCAUAUUGCAGUAGAUCUUGCUAAGGCCUUUGGUGAUCGUAUCAGCGGUGGCGACUUAGGCAUUAUGCAAGACUUUGUAAAAGCUGGAUUUUUGGGCCGAAAGUCAGGAAAAGGUGUUUAUGUAUAUGAGAAAGGAACAAAGAACAGGGAUGUAAAUCAAGACGCUGUACAACUUUUGAAAGACAAAUAUUCAUUGGAACCCCGUGGUGCUAACACAGUAGAAGAUCAACAAUUAAGGAUGGUGUCAAGAUUUGUGAAUGAAGCUGUUUUAUCACUAGAAGAAAAAAUCCUCCAUAGUCCAUUAGAAGGUGAUGUUGGCGCUGUAUUCGGUCUUGGAUUUCCGCCAUUUACUGGUGGCCCAUUCAGGUGGGUAGACCAAUUUGGUGCUGGCAAACUAGUGAAGAAAAUGGAAGAAUACCAAAGUCUUUAUGGAGCUCCAUUUAAGCCAGCUCAAACUCUUGUAGACAUGGCUAAAGACAGCAGUAAGACCUUUUACAAAAAUUGAAAAAUAUUUUAUUCAUUUAUUACUACAUAAUAUAUUGUUAUUUAUAUAAAGCUUGUGCUCUCAAAAAGAAGUUAUAUUUGUGUACUCUAGUGAACUUGGCAUUUUAUUUAUUAUAAUAAAAUGUACUUGUCUUCCACCCAAUCGAAUAAUUAAUUGGUCUAGUUAGGUGAAAGUAUUUUAAAUAUCAUCAUGCAUGUCAGUUGGAAGAAUGAUCGUCCUUUUAUUUAUUAUUAAUAGUGUAACUGAGAUUGCUAAUAAAUUAUGUUUUAUUA